CAUGGCCACAAUGAAUGAUUACCAAUAUUACUUCCUGUGUUUCCUCCUUUAUUUCCUCUCAACUCUCUUACUCAAGUCCUUGUUGAAGACAAAGAACCCUCUAAACCUCCCUCCAAGCCCACCAGUCCUCCCAAUCAUUGGUCAUCUCCACCUUCUUGGUCCAUCUUUAUUCAAAUCCCUUCACAACCUCUCCAACAAAUAUGGUCCUCUCCUCUAUCUCCGGUUUGGUGCUACGCGGUGCCUUGCUGUGUCAACGGCUUCCGUUGCCACUGAAAUAUUUAAAACCAAUGACGUUACCUUUUCAGAUCGACCACCGCUCGCUUUCAGCGAUAAAUUACCAUAUGGAAGAUAUGGAUUUUUCAUAGCUCCAUACGGUAAUUACUGGAAGUUCAUAAAAAAACUUUGCAAUUCUGAAUUGCUCAGUGCCCGUCAAGUUGAACAAUCCCAGGCUGUUCGACACGAAGAACUGACUUGGUUUUUGCGUAAAGUGUUAGAGAGUGCUGAGAGAAAACAGGUCCUUGACAUUGGUGCUGAGUUGAUGAAGCUUACAAACAAUUCUUCAUGUAGGGUGAUUAUGAGCAUGAGGUGUUCAGAUGACAGUGAUGAAGCUGAGAGGAUUAGGCAGUUGGUGAAGGAAUCCUUUGAGGUUGGUGCAAAGGUAUCCUUUGGGGAUGUGUUGGGGCCACUGAGGUUUUUGGCUUUUUGGCUAUAUGGAAGGAAGGCCAUAGAUUUGACCCUAAGGUACGAUGAGAUUUUAGAAAGGGUGUUGAAGCAGCAUGAAGAGAGUCCUCAAAUAGAGAAUGAGGAUUUAGUGGACAUACUAUUGAAAGUGUAUCAAGAUGACAAAGCUGAGUUCAAGAUUAACAGAACACAUCUCAAGGCUUUCUUGCUAGAUCUAUUCAUUGCGGGCACAGGUACCUCAUCAGAGGCCAUGCAAUGGACAAUAGCUGAACUCAUCAAUCAUCCUUACGUUUUCAAUAAGGUCAGAGAAGAGAUCAAAUUUGUAGUUGGUAGCACUAGACUUGUGGAGGAAUCAGAUGUACAAAGUCUCCCAUACUUGCAAGCAGUUGUGAAGGAAGCAUUAAGACUACACCCAACAGUGCCUGUUGUAAUAAGAGAGUGCCGCGAAGCUUGUAAAAUCAAAGAAUUUGAUAUACCAGAAAAAACUAUGGUGGCAAUAAAUGUGUAUACAAUAAUGAGAGAUGGAAAAACAUGGGAUUAUCCAAAUGAUUUUCGGCCAGAGAGGUUCAUGGUCUCUUCCAAAGAAAAAGAAAAUGCUAUGGAAUAUAUUCCUUUUGGGGCUGGGAGAAGAGCAUGCCCAGGUUCCAAGUUAGCACUCAGUUUGAUACACACUACAAUUGCAACAAUGGUUCAAUGCUUUGAUUGGAAGGUUGGUGGAGAGGGAGAGCAAGUUAAGGCUAAUAUGCAAGUCGGACCAGGCAUAACUAUGCCCAUGGCUCAUCCAUUUAAAUGUCUUCCGGUUGUUCACUUCAAUCCAUUUGCUUCUUCAAUGUAAUUCAAUAACUUAGACCACUUAAAUUGCGCUCAUCCUUUCAUAGCACUUGCUUUGAAAAUUAUGGA